AUGGCGCAGGCCUUCCGAGAGGAGCUGGAGCGGCGCCUGUCCAAAACCUCCAAGAGUGAGGAUCUCAAACAGGUUUUAGUGGAGGCUCCGGUCACGGAAGUUUCAACAGAGGCUCUUGCAGAGGCUCCGACAGAGGUUACUGCAGAGGCCCCGAAUGUCUCGGUGUCCACCGCGCUAUCGCUGAAUUUCAGCGCGAGGGAGACGGAGGUGGAGGCCUUGGCACCCCGCUCGCUGCUUUCACCCAUCGCGGGCUCCGGUUCCAGCUCGAGCUCCUCUCCACGAACCUUCGUGAGCCAGGGCUCCCGGAGAACUCUGGACGUGGCGCGCACGGGCAGCACAGGCCUCCUCGGCCUCGGCCACGGCGGCCACGGCGUCGGCUCCGCCUCCUUGGCCUCGCGGUCAAGCGCUGGGUCUGCGUCCACUUGGGGAAGGCAACUGCUGGAGGCGGACGUGCGCUCGCUGCGAGCACAGCUGCAGGAGGAACGAGCCCGAUCGUCGCGCCUGGCGGCUGAGUUGCACCAUGCGCAGGCGAACGUGCAGAAGCUGCAGGGGCAGCUGGAUCUGCAGAGGGAGCGAGACGAGUUAUUGCAGGAUCUUGACAGCAGUUUGAGGGAAAUGAAGACCAGCCAGACGUCAGAGCAGAAGGAGGCAAUGAAGGAGACCAAGGCGCAGGAGAAGCAAGAGAAGAAGGCCUUGAUGGCUGAGCUGGCCAAGAUCGAGAAGAUGCGCGCUGAGCGCGAGAAGGAUCGUUUGCAGAAGCUGAAGCAGGCAAAAGGGAAGAGCAAGGGAAAGCGGUCGGCAGCCGAAGCUGGGCUUCCAACUAAGGAGCCGGAGAUUCGCGACAUCGACUGA